UUGGCGAUCCCCGGCCAGCUGUGUUGCCCGGCUGCGUGCCGAAGAUCGGAACAGGCAGCUCGCUCAUGAGUCAUGGACUUCCCCUGGCCCCUCCUCGACCACUCCCACUCCCUCUCAGGGCCCCCCCGUAGGGGCUAACGCGGGCGCGGCGGCUCCGAGGGGGUGGGGCUGCUGGGAAUGGCUGUGCCCCCUUCGGCUCCAGUGCCGUGCUCGCCCUUUUACCUGCGGAGGCAGGAGCCUUGCCCGCAGUGCUCAUGGAGCAUGGAGGAGAAGGCGGUGGCCAGCGCUGGCUGCUGGGAGCCCCCAGGGCGCCCGAGAGCCGCCGUCCCGUGCUUCGGCGUCACGGUAGACCAGGACGACAUCCUCCCCGGUGCCCUGCGCCUCAUUCGGGAGCUGCGGCCGCACUGGAAGCCCGAUCAAGUUCGGACCAAGCGCUUCAAAGACGGCAUCACCAACAAGCUAUUGGCCUGCUAUGUGGAGGAGGACAUGCGGGACUGCGUGCUGGUCCGGGUGUAUGGGGAGCGGACGGAGUUGCUGGUGGACCGGGAGAAUGAGGUCAGAAACUUCCAACUGCUGCGAGCACACGGCUGCGCCCCCAAACUCUACUGUACCUUUCAGAAUGGGCUAUGCUACGAGUACAUGCAGGGUGUGGCCCUGGGACCAGAGAAUAUCCGAGAGCCCCAGCUCUUCAGGUUAAUUGCCUUAGAAAUGGCAAAGAUUCACACCAUCCACACCAACGGCAGCCUGCCUAAGCCCACGCUCUGGCAUAAGAUGCAUCGCUAUUUCACGCUGGUCAAGGAUGAGAUCAGUCCCAGCCUUUCUGCAGAUGUUCCUAAGGUAGAGGUGUUGGAACAGGAGCUGGCCUGGCUGAAGGAACACCUGUCCCAGUUGGAUUCCCCCGUGGUGUUCUGUCACAAUGAUCUGCUCUGCAAGAAUAUCAUCUAUGACAGUGACAAAGGCCACGUGCGCUUCAUCGACUAUGAGUACGCAGGGUACAACUACCAGGCAUUUGACAUUGGCAACCAUUUCAAUGAGUUUGCAGGUGUGAAUGAGGUUGAUUACUGCAGGUAUCCAGCUCGGGAGAUCCAGCUGCAAUGGCUGCGUUAUUAUCUUGAGGCGCAGAAGGGGACAGCUGCAUCCCCCAGGGAGGUGGAGCGGCUUUAUGCACAGGUCAACAAAUUUGCUCUGGCAUCCCAUUUCUUCUGGGCACUCUGGGCACUCAUACAGAACCAGUACUCCACCAUCAGCUUUGAUUUCCUCAGGUAUGCCGUGAUCCGCUUCAACCAGUACUUUAAGGUAAAGCCUCAGGUGUCGGCCUUGGAGAUGCCAAAGUGACCAGCCUUCUGUCUCUCCAUGUCCUCUUGCUGCCAGAACUGCUCCCCAGGGUACCCUUCUGCCUUGGAGUUGACACCCUGGGGUAAGGUGGGCCCCCUAGUGGGUGCCGAUGAAGACCUCAUUUUCCUGUUUGGAGGGGCUGAGUCCCAGCGCUGGGGGGUGGGACCCCCUUCACCCUGCCAGGCUUGGAGAGGAAGUGCCUGCAGAGAGCUGGGGCCUGGACUGCCCCUCUGAGAGAGCACACCGUUGCCCGCCCAGGCUUGGGCUGCUUCAGUUAGUCCUUGACCCUUCCUAGUAGGGGAGGGGAGGGCUCAUUUCUACCUCUGGUGCCCCGAGCCUCCAGCUGAGCGAUGGAGGCCCCAGGUGAGAGACGCUGAGCUCCAAGGCGGCAGGAAGCCAGCUCGGCUUGUCAUCUUGUCAUCUUGGAGAGAGAGGUCCCAGCUGCGCUCGACAGCUCCUCCUGAAGCUGCCUCAUCUGAGGCUGCCGACUUCAAGCCAGAUGCCAUCCAGUCACCCCUUCCCCAGGUCCCCUCCUUGUGCUGUUCCUGCUAGGUCCCUGCAGAGGAGAGGGAUGACAGACCUGGAGUAGGCAUGACCUUGGGUUAGGUGGCAGGUACAUGGUACCUGUCUUCUAUUCUCCCUGUUCUAAUCUCCCUUCUAUUCUGAAUUUAACCGUGAUCUUCCCAUUGGGGAUUGAAUGGUGGAGGACAAGGGGGCGGGGCGGAGGCACCUGGAGACCAGCACAGUUGCCCGGGCAUGGCCAGAUACUGAAGGCGUUGCCAGCUCAGCACCCACCUCCCAGUCCUUACAGUCCUAAGGGGUUCCGGGAUAGCCCCCUACUGUGAUUCAUUUGUAGAUUUAUCAUGGUUUUCUGCAUUAAAAUGUUUGUUUCUGGAA